AUGCCCCUUUUUGUCCUGUUUUUCUUGAUAAGAGAAGCGUUUGGUUUCGCAUGCCCAGAGAACUGGACUUAUGAGUCGAGUACAGGGACAUGCAAGCAGACGAAUAUCGCGGUUGUCUGCACAGGAAAUUCGCUGGUUGUCGUUGCAAAUGUCAAAGACAUUUACCUCGAUCUUCCAUCUAAUCAAGAAUCAGACGCGCGAAUUAAAAUCGGCUCUUGUACGGGAUCAAGUGCUCCAAUGAUGACAAGAUUCGUUGAAAGUUUUGAAAUCUCCGAAUGCGACCCAACAAUAGCAGCGAUUGACGAUGGACUCCUGCUCACUUGGGAAAUAACAGGGGCGAGUAUCAGUGGAUUCGAUGAUGUUUUCAAAUACACUGCGAGUUGUGAGAUCUGGAGGGAUGGAAGUGAAACAGUUGAUGAAGGGUUUGAGGGAGUGACAGUUGCGCCGAGCUUGAUUGGAGAUCAAGAAACUCAGAAUCUUCAGAUUUCAAAUGUCGCAACGCUAGAACUCUUCGAAGACUCAAGCCGAACCAGUGCCAUCUCGACCUCCCUCGUCGGUCAAAAAAUCUACGCCAGAAUUUCCGCCCCGUCAUUAGCCUCCAACGCCGAGUUCUACCUGGAGAAUCUCAUCAGUUAUGAAGAUUCUAGUCGUACAGGAAACUCUUACGAGGUCGUCAAGGAUUUUUGCAAGACGACGAUUCUUGAUUUUGGGCCAAUAGAUGGCAGCUCGAUGGUUUCGACAAAUAGAGUUCUUGAUUUUGAAUUCAAUGCGUUUUCUUUUUCGACGACCGGGACUUUUUAUCUUGAUGGAUCGAUUGAUGUUUGCACUUUUACAGCUGGAGUCGCAGAUGUCAAUUCUUGCCCUCCAACUCCCUCCUGCACUACUGGGGCAUUGAAAGAUGAUCAGUAUUUGAACACGAAGAUUUCCCUGACCAAGAGAAUCGGAGAAGGAGAUUUUUUCAUCACAGCCGUGACACCCUUAUUCGAUGAAAAGGUCCAUCACAUGAUCGUUCGCGGAUGCAAAGACGACUUCUCUCAUCAAACUCUCGAUGCUAGCCCAAAUGUCCCAUGCUCUGGCGAACAGAUCAUCUUCUCCUGGGCGAUGGCAGCCGGUCAGCUAGAAUUCCCGCCCGACGCUGGAAUUCACGUCGGAGGCGUCUCAGGAAUCAAGUCAAUCGCGAUCGAGGCGCACUACAAGGAUAAAUUUCAUGGAGCUGACAAUCUGACGGGAGUCGAGUUUGAGCUGACAACUGAGCCACCGAAAAAAACUGUCGGCAUUUAUCUCCUUGCCAGUCCGGAGUUUCAUCUACCAGCAAGGGAGAGGACAAAUGUUCAUGUUGCCUGCAGAUUCAGGCGAAAUCCGAUUGAAGUUUUUGCUUUCAGAGCUCAUACUCACGAUAACGGACGAGUUGUCAGCGCCUUCGUCCGUCGACCACACAAAAAAGACUGGACCCUUAUCGGAAAAGGCAACCCUCAGUGGCCCCAAGGUUUCUUUACACGAGUUGGUGGUCCCAUCACUCUUUAUAAGUGGGACUAUGUCCGCGCUAUCUGCACAUUUGACAAUAAAAACGGCAUCGAUGUCUUCGACGGGCCAGGUCGACAGGAUGAGAUGUGCAAUAUGUAUUUGAUGUAUACAGUUCCUUAUACAUUCUCCCCGAACGAGUCGCCUGAGUGCUGGAAAAACGCUGACAAUGCCGCAGAUAUUCCUCAAUAUCUGAUCGAGAGAGAAGCUCGAUACCCAGGCGACGCGGGGUCAUUCUCAGACAUGCACAUUUCGAUGGGCCACUGGAAACGACCCGCUGUUCCGGAAAUGAUGAGCCAUGCACAUCACAAAAUGGGAGGAGACGAAGGAGACCAUGGAAUGCAUCAAAUGCAUGGAGGAAAUCAUGGAUCAAUGAGCCAUGGAGACCACAUGGGAAUGAUACAACACGAUUCGAUGAUGCAUCAGUCGAUGAGCCAUGAAGAGCAUAUGCAAAUGAUGCAUGAAAAUGAUCAUUCUGGGCAUCAUUAG